AUGCCUGAGCUGGAUCACAGGCAGGACAACAAGGACCAGGAGGUGCCGGAACUGGUGCUGCUGCUGCUGCAGCAGCUGCUGGUGCAGGUGGAUUUGGACCAGGAGCAGGAGGUCAACAAGGACCUGGUGGUGCAGGACCAUAUGGACCUAGUGCUGGUGGACAACGAGGACCUGGAGGUCAAGGACCCUACGGACCUGGUGCCGCUGCAGCAGCAGCCGCAGCUGCAGGUGGAUUUGGACCAGGAGGUGCAGGAGCUGGACCACAAGCAGGACCAGGUCAACAAGGACCAGGAGGUGCCGGACCCUUUGGACCUGGUGCCGCCGCAGCAGCCGCAGCCGCAGGUGGAUUUGGACCAGGAUCGGGUGGACAACGAGGACCUGGAGGAGCUGGACAACAAGGACCUGGAGGUCAAGGAGGCUUCGGACCUGGUGCUGCUGCAGCAGCAGCCGCAGCUGCAGGUGGAUUUGGACCAGGAGCAGGUGGACAACGAGGACCUGGACAACAAGGACCUGGAGGUCAAGGAGGCUUCGGACCUGGUGCCGCUGCAGCAGCAGCCGCAGCUGCUGGUGGAUUUGGACCUGGAGGUGCAGAUUUCUCAUGGAGCUGGAUCACAGGCAAGACAACAAGGACCAGGAGGUGCCGGAACUGGUGCUGCUGCUGCUGCUGCUGCAGCAGCUGCUGGUGCAGGUGGAUUUGGACCAGGAGCAGGAGGUCAACAAGGACCUGGUGGUGCAGGACCAUAUGGGCUUAGUGCUGGUGGACAACGAGGACCUGGAGGAGUAGGACAACAAGGACCUGGAGGUCAAGGAGGCUUCGGACCUGGUGCCGCUGCAGCAGCAGCCGCAGCUGCAGGUGGAUUUGGACCAGGAGCAGGUGGACAACGAGGAGCUGGACAACAAGGACCUGGAGGUCAAGGAGGCGUCGGACCUGGUGCCGCUGCAGCAGCAGCCGCAGCUGCAGGUGGAUUUGGACCAGGAGCAGGUGGACAACGAGGAGCUGGACAACAAGGACCUGGAGGUCAAGGAGGCUUCGGACCUGGUGCCGCUGCAGCAGCAGCCGCAGCUGCAGGUGGAUUUGGACCAGGAGCAGGUGGACAACGAGGACCUGGACAACAAGGACCUGGAGGUCAAGGAGGCUUCGGACCUGGUGCCGCUGCAGCAGCAGCCGCAGCUGCUGGUGGAUUUGGACCUGGAGGUGCAGGAGCUGGAUCACAGGCAAGACAACAAGGACCAGGAGGUGCCGGAACUGGUGCUGCUGCUGCUGCUGCUGCAGCAGCUGCUGGUGCAGGUGGAUUUGGACCAGGAGCAGGAGGUCAACAAGGACCUGGUGGUGCAGGACCAUAUGGGCCUAGUGCUGGUGGACAACGAGGACCUGGAGGAGUAGGACAACAAGGACCUGGAGGUCAAGGAGGCUUCGGACCUGGUGCCGCUGCAGCAGCAGCCGCAGCUGCAGGUGGAUUUGGACCAGGAGCAGGUGGACAACGAGGAGCUGGACAACAAGGACCUGGAGGUCAAGGAGGCUUCGGACCUGGUGCCGCUGCAGCAGCAGCCGCAGCUGCAGGUGGAUUUGGACCAGGAGCAGGUGGACAACGAGGAGCUGGACAACAAGGACCUGGAGGUCAAGGAGGCUUCGGACCUGGUGCCGCUGCAGCAGCAGCCGCAGCUGCAGGUGGAUUUGGACCAGGAGCAGGUGGACAACGAGGAGCUGGACAACAAGGACCUGGAGGUGAAGGAGGCUUCGGACCUGGUGCCGCUGCAGCAGCAGCCGCAGCUGCUGGUGGAUUUGGACCUGGAGGUGCAGGAGCUGGAUCACAGGCAGGACAACAAGGACCAGGAGGUGCCGGAACUGGUGCUGCUGCUGCUGCAGCAGCUGCUGGUGCAGGUGGAUUUGGACCAGGAGCAGGAGGUCAACAAGGACCUGGUGGUGCAGGACCAUAUGGACCUAAUGCUGGUGGACAACGAGGACCUGGAGGAGUAGGACAACAAGGACCUGGAGGUCAAGGAGGCUUCGGACCUGGUGCCGCUGCAGCAGCAGCCGCAGCUGCAGGUGGAUUUGGACCAGGAGCAGGUGGACAACGAGGAGCUGGACAACAAGGACCUGGAGGUCAAGGAGGCUUCGGACCUGGUGCCGCUGCAGCAGCAGCCGCAGCUGCAGGUGGAUUUGGACCAGGAGCAGGUGGACAACGAGGAGCUGGACAACAAGGACCUGGAGGUCAAGGAGGCUUCGGACCUGGUGCCGCUGCAGCAGCAGCCGCAGCUGCAGGUGGAUUUGGACCAGGAGCAGGUGGACAACGAGGAGCUGGACAACAAGGACCUGGAGGUCAAGGAGGCUUCGGACCUGGUGCCGCUGCAGCAGCAGCCGCAGCUGCAGGUGGAUUUGGACCAGGAGCAGGUGGACAACGAGGAGCUGGACAACAAGGACCUGGAGGUCAAGGAGGCUUCGGACCUGGUGCCGCUGCAGCAGCAGCCGCAGCUGCUGGUGGAUUUGGACCUGGAGGUGCAGGAGCUGGAUCACAGGCAGGACAACAAGGACCAGGAGGUGCCGGAACUGGUGCUGCUGCUGCUGCAGCAGCUGCUGGUGCAGGUGGAUUUGGACCAGGAGCAGGAGGUCAACAAGGACCUGGUGGUGCAGGACCAUAUGGACCUAAUGCUGGUGGACAACGAGGACCUGGAGGAGUAGGACAACAAGGACCUGGAGGUCAAGGAGGCUUCGGACCUGGUGCCGCUGCAGCAGCAGCCGCAGCUGCAGGUGGAUUUGGACCAGGAGCAGGUGGACAACGAGGAGCUGGACAACAAGGACCUGGAGGUCAAGGAGGCUUCGGACCUGGUGCCGCUGCAGCAGCAGCCGCAGCUGCAGCCGCAGCUGCAGGUGGAUUUGGACCAGGAGCAGGUGGACAACGAGGAGCUGGACAACAAGGACCUGGAGGUCAAGGAGGCUUCGGACCUGGUGCCGCUGCAGCAGCAGCCGCAGCUGCAGGUGGAUUUGGACCAGGAGCAGGUGGACAACGAGGAGCUGGACAACAAGGACCUGGAGGUCAAGGAGGCUUCGGACCUGGUGCCGCUGCAGCAGCAGCCGCAGCUGCUGGUGGAUUUGGACCUGGAGGUGCAGGAGCUGGAUCACAGGCAGGACAACAAGGACCAGGAGGUGCCGGAACUGGUGCUGCUGCUGCUGCAGCAGCUGCUGGUGCAGGUGGAUUUGGACCAGGAGCAGGUGGACAACGAGGAGCUGGACAACAAGGACCUGGAGGUCAAGGAGGCUUCGGACCUGGUGCCGCAGCUGCAGGUGGAUUUGGACCAGGAGCAGGUGGACAACGAGGAGCUGGACAACAAGGACCUGGAGGUCAAGGAGGCUUCGGACCUGGUGCCGCUGCAGCAGCAGCCGCAGCUGCAGGUGGAUUUGGACCAGGAGCAGGUGGACAACGAGGACCUGGACAACAAGGACCUGGAGGUCAAGGACCCUACGGACCUGGUGCCGCUGCAGCAGCAGCCGCAGCUGCUGGUGGAUUUGGACCUGGAGGUGCAGGAGCUGGAUCACAGGCAGGACAACAAGGACCAGGAGGUGCCGGAACUGGUGCUGCUGCUGCUGCAGCAGCUGCUGGUGCAGGUGGAUUUGGACCAGGAGCAGGUGGACAACGAGGAGCUGGACAACAAGGACCUGGAGGUCAAGGAGGCUUCGGACCUGGUGCCGCUGCAGCAGCAGCCGCAGCUGCAGGUGGAUUUGGACCAGGAGCAGGUGGACAACGAGGAGCUGGACAACAAGGACCUGGAGGUCAAGGAGGCUUCGGACCUGGUGCCGCUGCAGCAGCAGCCGCAGCUGCAGGUGGAUUUGGACCAGGAGCAGGUGGACAACGAGGACCUGAACAACAAGGACCUGGAGGUCAAGGACCCUACGGACCUGGUGCCGCUGCAGCAGCAGCCGCAGCUGCUGGUGGAUUUGGACCUGGAGGUGCAGGAGCUGGAUCACAGGCAGGACAACAAGGACCAGGAGGUGCCGGAACUGGUGCUGCUGCUGCUGCAGCAGCUGCUGGUGCAGGUGGAUUUGGACCAGGAGCAGGAGGUCAACAAGGACCUGGUGGUGCAGGACCAUAUGGACCUAAUGCUGGUGGACAACGAGGACCUGGAGGAGUAGGACAACAAGGACCUGGAGGUCAAGGAGGCUUCGGACCUGGUGCCGCUGCAGCAGCAGCCGCAGCUGCAGGUGGAUUUGGACCAGGAGCAGGUGGACAACGAGGAGCUGGACAACAAGGACCUGGAGGUCAAGGAGGCUUCGGACCUGGUGCCGCUGCAGCAGCAGCCGCAGCUGCAGGUGGAUUUGGACCAGGAGCAGGUGGACAACGAGGAGCUGGACAACAAGGACCUGGAGGUCAAGGAGGCUUCGGACCUGGUGCCGCUGCAGCAGCAGCCGCAGCUGCUGGUGGAUUUGGACCUGGAGGUGCAGGAGCUGGAUCACAGGCAGGACAACAAGGACCAGGAGGUGCCGGAACUGGUGCUGCUGCUGCUGCAGCAGCUGCUGGUGCAGGUGGAUUUGGACCAGGAGCAGGUGGACAACGAGGAGCUGGACAACAAGGACCUGGAGGUCAAGGAGGCUUCGGACCUGGUGCCGCAGCUGCAGGUGGAUUUGGACCAGGAGCAGGUGGACAACGAGGAGCUGGACAACAAGGACCUGGAGGUCAAGGAGGCUUCGGACCUGGUGCCGCUGCAGCAGCAGCCGCAGCUGCAGGUGGAUUUGGACCAGGAGCAGGUGGACAACGAGGACCUGGACAACAAGGACCUGGAGGUCAAGGACCCUACGGACCUGGUGCCGCUGCAGCAGCAGCCGCAGCUGCUGGUGGAUUUGGACCUGGAGGUGCAGGAGCUGGAUCACAGGCAGGACAACAAGGACCAGGAGGUGCCGGAACUGGUGCUGCUGCUGCUGCAGCAGCUGCUGGUGCAGGUGGAUUUGGACCAGGAGCAGGUGGACAACGAGGAGCUGGACAACAAGGACCUGGAGGUCAAGGAGGCUUCGGACCUGGUGCCGCUGCAGCAGCAGCCGCAGCUGCAGGUGGAUUUGGACCAGGAGCAGGUGGACAACGAGGAGCUGGACAACAAGGACCUGGAGGUCAAGGAGGCUUCGGACCUGGUGCCGCUGCAGCAGCAGCCGCAGCUGCAGGUGGAUUUGGACCAGGAGCAGGUGGACAACGAGGACCUGGACAACAAGGACCUGGAGGUCAAGGACCCUACGGACCUGGUGCCGCUGCAGCAGCAGCCGCAGCUGCUGGUGGAUUUGGACCUGGAGGUGCAGGAGCUGGAUCACAGGCAGGACAACAAGGACCAGGAGGUGCCGGAACUGGUGCUGCUGCUGCUGCAGCAGCUGCUGGUGCAGGUGGAUUUGGACCAGGAGCAGGUGGACAACGAGGAGCUGGACAACAAGGACCUGGAGGUCAAGGAGGCUUCGGACCUGGUGCCGCUGCAGCAGCAGCCGCAGCUGCAGGUGGAUUUGGACCAGGAGCAGGUGGACAACGAGGAGCUGGACAACAAGGACCUGGAGGUCAAGGAGGCUUCGGACCUGGUGCCGCUGCAGCAGCAGCCGCAGCUGCAGGUGGAUUUGGACCAGGAGCAGGUGGACAACGAGGACCUGGACAACAAGGACCUGGAGGUCAAGGACCCUACGGACCUGGUGCCGCUGCAGCAGCAGCCGCAGCUGCUGGUGGAUUUGGACCUGGAGGUGCAGGACCAGGAGGUGCCGGAACUGGUGCUGCUGCUGCUGCAGCAGCUGCUGGUGCAGGACCUGGAGGUCAAGGAGGCUUCGGACCUGGUGCCGCUGCAGCAGCAGCCGCAGCUGCAGGUGGAUUUGGACCAGGAGCAGGUGGACAACGAGGACCUGGACAACAAGGACCUGGAGGUCAAGGACCCUACGGACCUGGUGCCGCUGCAGCAGCAGCCGCAGCUGCUGGUGGAUUUGGACCUGGAGGUGCAGGAGCUGGAUCACAGGCAGGACAACAAGGACCAGGAGGUGCCGGAACUGGUGCUGCUGCUGCUGCAGCAGCUGCUGGUGCAGGUGGAUUUGGACCAGGAGCAGGUGGACAACGAGGAGCUGGACAACAAGGACCUGGAGGUCAAGGAGGCUUCGGACCUGGUGCCGCUGCAGCAGCAGCCGCAGCUGCAGGUGGAUUUGGACCAGGAGCAGGUGGACAACGAGGAGCUGGACAACAAGGACCUGGAGGUCAAGGAGGCUUCGGACCUGGUGCCGCUGCAGCAGCAGCCGCAGCUGCAGGUGGAUUUGGACCAGGAGCAGGUGGACAACGAGGACCUGGACAACAAGGACCUGGAGGUCAAGGACCCUACGGACCUGGUGCCGCUGCAGCAGCAGCCGCAGCUGCUGGUGGAUUUGGACCUGGAGGUGCAGGAGCUGGAUCACAGGCAGGACAACAAGGACCAGGAGGUGCCGGAACUGGUGCUGCUGCUGCUGCAGCAGCUGCUGGUGCAGGUGGAUUUGGACCAGGAGCAGGUGGACAACGAGGAGCUGGACAACAAGGACCUGGAGGUCAAGGAGGCUUCGGACCUGGUGCCGCUGCAGCAGCAGCCGCAGCUGCAGGUGGAUUUGGACCAGGAGCAGGUGGACAACGAGGAGCUGGACAACAAGGACCUGGAGGUCAAGGAGGCUUCGGACCUGGAGGUGCCGGAACUGGUGCUGCUGCUGCUGCAGCAGCUGCUGGUGCAGGACCUGGAGGUCAAGGAGGCUUCGGACCUGGUGCCGCUGCAGCAGCAGCCGCAGCUGCAGCUGGACAACAAGGACCUGGAGGUCAAGGAGGCUUCGGACCUGGUGCCGCUGCAGCAGCAGCCGCAGCUGCAGCUGGACAACAAGGACCUGGAGGUCAAGGAGGCUUCGGACCUGGUGCCGCUGCAGCAGCAGCCGCAGCUGCAGGUGGAUUUGGACCAGGAGCAGGUGGACAACGAGGACCUGGACAACAAGGACCUGGAGGUCAAGGACCCUACGGACCUGGUGCCGCUGCAGCAGCAGCCGCAGCUGCUGGUGGAUUUGGACCUGGAGGACAACAAGGACCAGGAGGUGCCGGAACUGGUGCUGCUGCUGCUGCAGCAGCUGCUGGUGCAGGUGGAUUUGGACCAGGAGCAGGUGGACAACGAGGAGCUGGACAACAAGGACCUGGAGGUCAAGGAGGCUUCGGACCUGGUGCCGCUGCAGCAGCAGCCGCAGCUGCAGGUGGAUUUGGACCAGGAGCAGGUGGACAACGAGGAGCUGGACAACAAGGACCUGGAGGUCAAGGAGGCUUCGGACCUGGUGCCGCUGCAGCAGCAGCCGCAGCUGCAGGUGGAUUUGGACCAGGAGCAGGUGGACAACGAGGACCUGGACAACAAGGACCUGGAGGUCAAGGACCCUACGGACCUGGUGCCGCUGCAGCAGCAGCCGCAGCUGCUGGUGGAUUUGGACCUGGAGGUGCAGGAGCUGGAUCACAGGCAGGACAACAAGGACCAGGAGGUGCCGGAACUGGUGCUGCUGCUGGUGCAGGUGGAUUUGGACCAGGAGCAGGAGGUCAACAAGAACCUGGUGGUGCAGGACCAUAUGGACCUAGUGCUGGUGGACAACGAGGACCUGGAGGAGUAGGACAACAAGGACCUGGAGGUCAAGGACCCUUCGGACCUGGUGCCGCUGCAGCAGCAGCCGCAGCUGCAGGUGGAUUUGGACCAGGAGGUGCAGCUGGACCACAAGCAGGACCAGGACAACAAGGACCAGGAGGUGCCGGACCCUUUGGACCUGGUGCCGCCGCAGCAGCCGCAGCCGCAGGUGGAUUUGGACCAGGAUCAGGUGGACAACGAGGACCUGGAGGAGCUGGACAACAAGGACCUGAAGGUCAAGGAGGCUUCGGACCUGGUGCUGCUGCAGCAGCAGCCGCAGCUGCAGCCGCAGCUGCAGGUGGAUUUGGACCAGGAGCAGGUGGACAACGAGGACCUGGAGGUCAAGGACCCUACGGACCUGGUGCCGCUGCAGCAGCCGCAGCUGCUGGUGGAGCUGCAGCUUCUCGCCUUGCUUCCCCAGAGGCCAGUUCUAGGGUUUCUUCUGCUGUAUCAUCUUUGAUAUCUAGUGGCCCUACCAAUCCCGCUGCACUUUCUAAUACUAUCAGCAGCGUUGUUUCACAAAUUAGUGCAAGCAAUCUUGGUCUUUCUGGUUGUGAUGUACUCGUACAAGCAUUGCUGGAAAUCGUAUCGGCACUUGUGCAUAUCCUUGGAUCUUCUAGUAUCGGUCAAAUUAACUAUGGUGCUGCUUCUCAGUACGCUCGAUUGGUCGGCCAGUCUGUAACUCAAGCCCUUUGUUAAUCUUCUUAUAAUUAAGUUGCAAAUUUUUCCUUAUUGAUAUUCCAUAUUUGUAAUCUUUCUGAAUAAACAUUGAGCAUA